GUAGAAGAGAACUAGAAUUUUGAAGGUUGUUUUGUGUUGCCCUACCAAUUCACAAACUUUCACCUACACAUCGAACAUUUAUAAUUCCUUUUAGCUGCCCUCAAACACAAAAAUGGCGUAUUUCUGCAGAAGCUUAAUUGGAGCUAACAGUCUGGUGAAAACAUCAGUAUGCCGGUUUCCAGUGUACCAGAUUCGACCCGUUACGAUGAGGGUAAUCCAAGUACAACCUCCAGUCACAGAAUCUCACGAUCAGAAGAACAUGCGGCUCAAGCGGCCGAUGUCCCCCCACCUCCUCAUCUACAAACCGCAACUUACCUCCAUGUUGUCCAUCACUCAUCGGAUCACCGGCGUGGCACUGUCUGUUUACGCUCUUGGCUUUGCCGCAUUCUCGCUGUCGCCCGGUAGCUUCCCUCACAUGGUGGAGGCGAUACAAGCUAUGCACAUUGCUGCGCCUGUCGUCUUCACUUCUAAACUUAUACUUUCACUUCCAGUCUCCUACCACUUGUGCAACGGCAUCAGACAUCUGGUGUGGGACUUCGGUAAAGCGUUGACCAUCAAGGACGUUUACACGACCGGAUACAUCCUGUGUGCCGCUACAGCUGUUCUGACCGUAGUCUUCGCAUCCAUGUAAACAAGAGCCAAGAGAACUUGAAAUGUACAGUAUUGCCUCAUGAUCUGUUGUAAAUAAGCUGCUGCAAUAUUUAUUAAGCAAUGUUUGUGUUAGCGCCUCUCGGCAAUAAUGUUAAUAAAUCACUGUGAAAACCUCUCUGUGUCUCUAAUCUUUUCACUGAUAAGAUUUGGUGUCAUUAGGGUGUGUACUGAUAUGUUUUGGAUUGGAUGUUCAAUUAAAGCCAAAGUAACAGUU